AUCUGACGGUUAAUUAAACUCUCUGCUUCUUUAACAAUGAGAAGUUUCAAAGAUUACAGUGUCUCGAGGGAGCCUGGAGGAGGUACACGUCGGCUGUGACGCUUAUACACUUCUCACACUUCUGCCUAUGCACUGAAACUCCUCUGCAAAGAUGCUAACUCUCCGAACGUGUCUGGUGCUGGGAUCCAUCUUCCUCUUGUGUGAUGUUUCAUUCGCGGCCAAGAAGCCUCAUAACCAAGAUGUUGUGCAGCUGACGGAGGCACUGACGGCGGCGCUCAAGGAAGUGGCUAAUGUGCGAUUCACCUGCCCUCCGCCCUUCACCCGGAUCGUCAAUGAGUGCUUUUACUUCAACCACAUCCACCCUAUGCUGACGUGGGACGACGCCCGCUAUGUGUGCCAGAGUGCGGGAGGCGACCUGGCGGAACCUGAGCAUUUCGGAGCCUUGUACCUGUUCCUUUAUACGCAGAGAAUUUCCAUGCACAUGACAGAAGGGAGCGACCACCGGCUGCGAUUGGGUGCCAGGGUAGACAACACUGGAACCUGGAAGUGGGUCUCCGGGCGCCCCGUUGAAGACGUUAUAUGGCUGGACGAUGAAGGCAAUACGACCGAACUGUGCAUGUCUCUUGUCCUCAGAGGGGACGGUCCCCCUGCUCUUGCGAGGGACGAUUGUCAGGUGGCACAGUACUCUGUGUGUGAGCUUCCAAUAUAGACUCAUUCUACUAUGUAUUCAAAAACGUUCCAAACUUGCGUUUCUCAUAACAUUUGACUCCUGUUGUCCAACCCCCUUUUUGUGCUUUCUUAGUCUUUCCCUUCUUUAUUUACACCUCUCCUUCGUGGAGCUAUUUUUUUUUCUUUCUCUCUAUUUCUUUUUCUUUUUUUACUUUAAAACAUGUAUCUUCAGAACAAUAGUUUGAAUUACUUAAUAUAUUUUAGCUUUUAGAGGAAUACAUUUCUGUAGAGUAUUAGGUAAUCCCUCUUCCCCCAAAGUAAUGAAAUAUCAAAAUAACUGUAAAGUGUAUCAAAUAUGAUUAUACUCAAAAUCGAAACUGAUGUACAGAAAUGUAAUGUAUUUCUAUUCAAUAAAGUUAUCUAUAGAA